CCUCAUCUCGAGUCGGUGCCACACCCAAUAUACACCCAUCUUUGUCUGUACAUCUCUUUACAUGGAAACUCAUACCCGGAAACGCGCUCGAAACAACUCGGUCGGCUCUGACAAUGGAGACUCGAGUGGCGCGUCCGCCCAUACCUCCACGCAAGACCCGCAGUUCUGGUUCGAAGACGGGAACAUCAUCCUUGUCACUCCGCAUGUUUCCUUCAAGGUUUACCGCGGACUUCUCGCGGAGCACUCCGCCGUCUUUCACAGCAUGUUCGACAUCGCACAAGGCGCUCAGUCGGCGGCGGAGCAAGUCAACGGCUGUCCUGUUGUGGAGCUGGACGACUCGCCCGACGACCUGCGCGAACUCUUCCGCCUCAUAUUCCCUCUUAAAGCCAGUCCAAAGCUUAAGAGAGGCGAUGUCGACAUCGACACCCUAUCUGCAGUCAUUCGCUUGGACCACAAGUACGAGCUCACCGCUCUGUGCGAGGAGGCCCUCGGCUAUCUCACAUCCUACUACACUACCGAUUUCGACACGUGGACCAGCAAAUGGAACACCAGUGGUUGGCAGCCCCAGCCAGUCCAUGCGAUCGGUGCGAUCGCUCUCGCUCGACUCACCAACAUCCCGUCGAUCCUCCCCACGGCGUUCUACACCUGCUGCACCCUCAGCCCCCACGACCUCGUGCGCGGAUACACAAGCAAGUACGGCGUCCAGCACAGACUCGACGACGCGGACCUGGAGCGGUGCCUGCAGAUGCGGGACGCGCUCACGCACUUCAACGCCAGGCUCGCCGUGACCCUCCUCUGCGGCAGCACCUCCCCGCGAUGCCCUUACGCAGGAGCCCCUGCUCGGUUUAGGGUAUGCGCGCGCACCUUGACCGCGGUGAUGGAGCGAUCCGCGGUCGUCGGCGCGGUUCCGCACGCCUUGGCGGACACGCGCGUCUUGGACACCUGGCUGGAUAACAUUGCAGGCUUCGAUCUCGGCGACGCUGGCAUGGCGCAGAUGCAGGCGGCCGUUGGUGGAUCCGGGUUGUGCCAGUUUUGCAGGGCUAUUGUCGAGGAGAAAGACAUGGAGCUCCGACGGGAGGCCUGGGCUUACCUCCCCACCGCCUUGGGCAUUCCCGUCGAGAACUGGGGUGCGAGCGUCUCGGCGUCAUAAAGGGUCUAGUUUUUCCCAAUGUAAGACGAGCAAUAUAGCCGCGGAGUGACAUUAUACAUCAAUAUGAGAAGGAAGUAGUAUACGCGAAAAGCAUGCGAACAAGUUUCAAAUUUCACUCCUCACUCCCCCACCCUUCAAUCUCCAGCCCGAAAAGCUGCGGCAGGCGUUUCCACACAUUCUCCCUCUCUUUUCUGUCACGUUCGAUGGCCAACUUCUCGCAGAGCGCGCAAAUAAAGUACCGAUGUGUCGCCUCC